AUGGCUUCGAUCAUGAUGCGGGGUAGCUCAGAGUUUUCUGUGCAAUCACCACAGACGAAUCGCGAGGGGACGAAGAGGAAGGGUGGGAGGAAAGCUGUAUGUUUCAAUUACCCAGCCCAAAUGUAUACGGAAGAAGCGCGCAAGCAACGGAAUCGCGACGCUCAAGCGGCGUUCCGCGAGAGGAGGAUCGAGUACAUCAAAGAGCUAGAGGAGAGGGUGAAAGCAUACAGCGCGAGAUUGAGGGCAAUGGAGGCGAAGAGGACGGAUAGCGCGGACGAGUGUCUCAUGCUGCGGUACAAGAAUUCCCUCCUUGAGAGGAUUCUGCUGCACAAGGGUAUCGAUGUUAAUGCUGAGCUCAACGAUAAACUUUGGAGACCGGUUACUGCACAGAUACAACCGCAUCCUGCUCCAAUACCUCAAUCGAUGAAACGCAAAGCGAGUGCCGUUUUCUCUUCGACAUUUCCCACCCCGAGAGCAUCCGACAUCACCUCCCCCCUGUCGACCGCUUCGGAGAGCACAGUACUCACCCCGCCUCCGCCACCUCCAUCCGUCGCUCGUCCCCAUAAACGAACCAAGAUCCUGACUCCACCCGGCAAAUUGAUUCCGUGGGUAGAUGGGUCCAAUGACCCCGGCUUCAACCUCAAUACCAACUCUCUACCUCCCAAACAGACACACCGCCCACACGCGGUCCCGAAUGAAUUCAACGUACCCACGGGGACCCAUGGAAUCGCUCUUGAUCUUGACUUCCUCACCACCGGUGAUGAUGACUUUGGGUUGAUGGGAUUCGAUGACUUUGAUUUCUCGAUGGAGUUCCCGGUGCCGUUGUGA